AUGUUCGGGUAUUGCCAAGUGCUUCGAAGUGACAACGGUCCUCCGUUCCAAAGUCAUGCAUUCAAAGAGUAUGCAGAACAUGCAGGAUUCAAGCAUAGAAAAAUAACUCCGCUGCACCCGAUGGGUAAUCCUAUAGCAGAAUCUUUCAUGAAACCGCUCUCAAAAGCAAUAAAAUCUGCCGCAAUUUCUGGAAAUAGUGUAAAAGAUGAAAUAACAAGUUUCUUGCUGAACUAUAGAAACGCACCUCACAGUACAACACAGCUGUCUCCAGCUGAGAUAAUGUUCGGACGUAAACUAAACACAAAAUUACCAAAAUUCACUGCGAAAGUCAAAGAUAAAUAUAUCAGACAACGAGAUAAGUCUGUUAAAAUGAAAAACAAAAAGUAUGCUGACAAAACACGACAUGCUCAGCACCGUGAUGUGAAAAUUGGAGAUAAAGUACUUCUGCGACGUGAAAACUACACGAAAAAUCAAACACCGUAUCAUCCGAUCCCCGGAGAAGUUGUUAAAAGGAAAGGUUCGGCAGUAACAAUUAACUUGAAUGGAAAGUUAAUUACACGAGACAUAUCAAAAUUUAAAGAGUUUCAUGGACAAAUGAAGGAUGUUAAUAAGGAGGAGUCGUCACCGACGUAUACUGGUUUACGACGAUCGCAACGUCCACGACGUACAAAAGUACCUUUUGACAUAUGA